AUGUCUCAAGGUCCCGUAACAUCGUCUCUCAUCGCUAGCCAGGCUAUUACCCCACCUACACCCCCAUCAUUCUUCUCACCACAUACCGAAGAGGGGUUCUCGAACCAUUUCCUUUGGGCUUUAGGCGUUGAGACCAACAUUCGCAACCUGGAGUGCCUUUGGAAGCCUGUUUGUGACUCGGUAGCUCAGGGAGUGAUAGGUCGGGUCAAGGAUGCAUUCAGAAGCAGCCAACGCCCGUUGCCCUGCUUAGCAGUCCUGCAGGAACAGCCUCUGGUACCAGCUUCGCUCAAUAACCUUAGUCAGGAUGCUGACCAAAGCAUAUCGGCUUUUGGACACCCAGGCACCCUUUUCCCCGAUCUCUCCAUCAUACAUUAUUUGAGUGGACUGCGCGGUCGCCGUAACGUAGGCAGAGCUACAUCCGUCAACAUGACCCACAGUGAUUACAAGUGUGUCCUUUGCGCUGAGCUCAAGCGCUGCAUCAGGCGCAUGGACCUUGCAGAGGACAUCCACUCUGCAACAUGUCAAGUGGAGCGACAAGCCAUUCUUGCAGUUGAUAGACCUGGAGUCCGAGAUCAUGCCAUCAUCCUCUUCGCGAUGUCUGGUCCUUUCUGGAUGUGGACAAAAGCCACAUGUGCAGAGCUCAGAAGCAUGUUAAAUGGCACUUCCCCCAAGGCUCUUCUUCGACUCACCGAUGAGGAGCUCAAAAUCGAAUAA